AUGCUUAAUCAACGUCCUCAAGAGAGUUACUGUUAUAAUGCUGGUAACCCAGCUAUGAACGCUUUAAUUGGCAUCCAAGUGGUUGGUCUAUGGUUUUUUAGAAGUCACAAUCAGAUUGCCAAGACUCUCGCACAGUUGAACCCAUGUUGGGGUGACGAUCGUCUUUUUACUACGGCUAGAGAUAUUAAUUUGGCUUUCUAUCAACAUAUAGUUUAUUACGAGUUAAUGCCUGCUAUUAUAGGUUAUGAUUUACUACUAAAGAACAAUGUCAUUUUUGACACUUACGGUCAUAUUAAUGAUUACGAUGAUACCAUAGAGCCACGCGUCAGCAUAGAAUAUGUAAUUUCAACAAGAUGGUUCCAUAGCGUACAAGAAGGAAGACUACAACUAUUCGAUAACCAAGGCAAACUUCUUAACGAGCUUCGUAUGAUGGACCAUACUCUCCGCACGGGGGCGCUGCGCAACAAUGACACUAUGGAGGGGGUGACACAGGGUAGCUUCAGACAACCCUGCGCUGACAAUGACUAUCUUGUAGACCCUGAGGUGGGAGAACGUAUUCUAGGUCCACUGCAACGUGCCUCUGACGUCACAGCAAGUGAUAUCAUGAAGGGACGUGACGUCGGUCUACCCUCUUACAAUAAAUACCGUCAACAUUGCGGUCUUCCUGUAGCCAAGAGCUUUGAAGAUCUAUAUAAAUGGAUGCCUAAAGAUCAAGUGGACGUAAUAUCACGAAGCUACGAAUUCGUGGAAGACAUAGAUUUAAUGGUAGGUAUAUUAGCAGAGAGAGCAAUGCCAAAUGCUAUAAUGGGUCCGACUUUAGCUUGCAUAAUGAUAGACCAACUGUUACGUUGGAGAAAAUCCGAUAGAUUUUGGUAUGAAAAUUCUAUACAUCCAGGAUCAUUCACACCAGGUCAACUUUACGAAAUAAGAAAGAUGACAAUGGCGCGAAUGAUUUGUAAACAUGGUGAUUCAGUCGAUUCUGUACAGCCGUAUGCUUUCUUACUUUCGAAUUAUGGAAACGAAAUAAUGAAUUGCUCAAAAAUUCCGAAUCUAAAUUUUGAACCAUGGCGUGAUCAAAGUUGCAAUAAUAACAAUAAUAAUGAAAAUUACACAAUUACUCAGAUUUUGUAUAACGCAACUCAAAAUGUAUUAGGAAUUAAAAAACUUAAUUGAAGGUUUUUAAUACAGAAGAACUAUUCAAACUUCCGUCGCACUAAAAUUCAGUUUAUUU